UUUUUCCUAUCCUAUUUUUCCAACACACAACUCACAAAAAGUAAAACAAAAUCAUUCGUCUUCCUCCUCUGUCCUCUCAUCACCACAAACAAUGGCGUCUCUCCUCGCGAACGGUAUCUCCAGCUUCUCACCACAACCGACCCCCGAUUCCUCCAAAUCCCCGAAAUCCUUCCACCCAAAACCCGACUCCUUCAAAUUCCCCUCCUCCUCGAAAACCCUAAUUCCAACUACGCGCCUCCUGAAAGUGAGAGCCGACGUCGGCACAAUCGAAUCCAAUCCAGCAGGUAACUCCUCAUCAACCGAGAAACUCCAGCAAUACUUCCAAAACCUAGACUACGACAAAAAAUACGGAUUCGUGGAAGACAUCGACUCCUUCACAAUCCCCAAAGGCUUAUCCGAGGAAACGAUCGGCUCAAUCUCAACCCUCAAGGACGAGCCGGCUUGGAUGCUCGACUUCAGGUUCAAAGCCUACGCCAAGUUCCUCACCCUCAAAGAGCCUCAAUGGUCUGACAAUCGCUACCCUCCCAUCGACUUCAACAACAUGUGCUACUACUCCGCCCCCAAAAAGAAACCCACUCUUAACUCCUUAGACGAAGCCGACCCUCAGCUCCUUGACUACUUCGACAAGCUCGGCGUCCCCUUAACGGAGCAGAAACGGUUAGCUAACGUCGCCGUCGACGCCGUUCUCGACAGCGUCUCCAUCGCCACCACUCAUAGGAAGACGCUCGAGAAGUCCGGCGUCAUCUUCUGCUCCAUCUCCGAGGCGAUCAGAGAGUAUCCUGAUCUGAUCAAGAAGUAUCUAGGGAGAGUCGUGCCUAGCGACGAUAACUACUACGCUGCUCUGAACUCCGCCGUGUUCAGCGACGGCUCCUUCUGUUAUAUCCCCAAGAACACGAGGUGUCCUAUGCCGAUUUCUACUUACUUCCGGAUCAACGCUAUGGAGACUGGCCAGUUCGAGAGGACGCUGAUCGUAGCGGAGGAAGGGAGCUUUGUGGAGUAUCUAGAAGGGUGUACUGCUCCUUCUUACGAUACCAAUCAGCUUCACGCGGCUGUUGUCGAGCUUUACUGUGGUGCAGGAGCUGAGAUUAAGUACUCCACCGUGCAGAACUGGUACGCGGGCGAUGAAGAAGGGAAGGGAGGGAUCUACAAUUUCGUCACGAAGCGUGGUCUUUGCGCUGGGGACAGGUCCAAGAUCUCGUGGACUCAGGUCGAGACGGGGUCUGCCAUCACUUGGAAGUACCCGAGCGUGGUUCUGGAAGGUGAUGAUUCCGUUGGGGAGUUUUACUCUGUGGCGUUGACUAAUAACUACCAGCAGGCGGAUACGGGGACGAAGAUGAUUCACAAAGGGAAGAACACCAAGAGUCGGAUCAUUUCCAAGGGUAUCUCGGCUGGCAACUCGAGGAACUGUUACCGUGGUCUUGUUCAGGUUCAGUCCAAAGCUGAGAAUGCGAAAAACACUUCGGUUUGCGACUCCAUGCUUAUUGGUGACAAAGCAGCUGCUAAUACCUAUCCUUACAUCCAGGUUAAGAACCCAUCAGCCAAAGUAGAGCAUGAAGCGAGUACUUCAAAGAUUGGAGAAGAUCAGCUUUUCUAUUUCCAGCAGAGAGGAAUUGAUCAUGAGAGAGCGUUAGCUGCAAUGAUCUCUGGGUUCUGCAGAGAUGUCUUCAACAAGUUGCCUGAUGAAUUUGGAGCUGAAGUUAACCAGCUUAUGAGUAUUAAGCUUGAAGGAUCAGUGGGUUAGAAAACAUAACUCACAAUUACACAACAGUUACGUUACAAAACAGUCUUUGUUGUGCUUCUCAAUAAAACUUUUCUUCUGGGUGUUUUACUAGUUUCAGUAUGUGUAAAACUUUGUAUUAUGUAUUGUUUUGAUAGCUUCAUGUGAACCAUAUGAAAGGUAUUGUUAAUAUUA